UUCCCACCUAUACCCUCCUCUUUUUGCUCCUCUUUUUGUCCCUCAACAAGGCUAUAAUAUAGUAUUAAUAUACCGGCCCAGAACCUUCAUUCCCCCAAGAAUACACUAAAGUGAAAGUGGUUUGUCAGGAAAAGGAAAAAAAAAGAAAACAAGAAUGCCAAGUUCAGCUUCAUUCUUGAGGCAGAUAAGUAGGAAAGAAGGCUACACAUCAAGAUCAAAAAGAUGGGCUAGUGGCAAGAAUGCUGAUGUUGGUGAUGAAAACGGAAGAGGGCUGUACAGGUAUGAAGCUAGUUUGAAGCAAAUGGAAGGGUUUAACAACAUGUAUGCAAGUGCUGGAUGUGAAAAUGGUGGAUUUGUAAUGAGGAAAAGAGUAAUGGUGGUGGUGGAUCAGAGUUCUCAUUCUAAGCAUGCAAUGAUGUGGGCUCUUACUCAUGUUACCAACAAGGGUGAUAUGUUAACUCUGCUUCACAUUGUCCCUCCUUCGCAUAACACUUCUGAGUCAUCUUCUUCUUCUUGCUCUCCUUAUCUUGCCAGUUCUCUGGGAUCCCUUUGUAAAGCUUGCAAGCCUGAGGUUGAAGUGGAGGCACUUGUGAUUCAAGGACCAAAACUGGCCACAGUGAUGAGCCAAGUGAAGAAACUGGAGGUGUCUGUCCUAGUCUUGGGUCAGAAAAAGCCUUCUUCAAUGCUGCUUAAUUGCCUCUGUGGAACCAGCAGCUCAGAGGAGUUUGUGGAACAAUGCAUCAAUGCAGUGGACUGCUUAACAAUUGGAGUGAGGAAGCAAAGCAAAGGCAUGGGUGGGUACCUCAUCAGCACCAGAUGGCAGAAGAAUUUCUGGCUCUUAGCUUAAAUCUGAAUUAGAUGGUGGUAUAUUGUUAGUGCUUAUGCUUAAGCAAGUUAUUAGUAGUAAGUUAUUGGUAUGAUUAGUAUGAUGAUACAUAUAUGGAGAGUAAUAACUUGUAGGAAAUGAAUUCCAGCCUCGUUUGUGUAAUAUUUUAGAAUAUUGUGGUGUAUUACCUCAUUCUAACUAUUACUACUAACUAGUUACUAUAAUUUUUCA